AUGUCGGCUUGUAGUACGGAAUCAUCACCGGAGGCGCAGGACUCGGAGCGCAAUACAGCUCCGGCCACCAGAGAUUCCCCUCAUGCUUCACACGAAGGCAGUGAUACUACGUCGCGUCAGAAGUCAUUGACCGGGGACGCUGAGGCCCAUUCAGAACCGCCACUGCCGGCUGAAGAACCACCCCCUCUACCGCAAGAGGUGCCACCUGCACAGCUCCAAGAUGAUGGCUGGGAUCCAGUCUGGGACGAUGCGGCCCAGACCUUCUACUUCUAUAACCGCUUCACCAAGAUCUCUCAAUGGGAGAAUCCUCGUCUGCCUGCGGUCGCUGAACCCGCGCCUCCCGGCGUAGGCAACUACGAUAGAAUAGCACUCCCUCCCGCAACCAUUGCCACCGAUUCCCCUCCCCCAACAACCUCAAAACCAGCCGCUGGAGGCUACGAUCCCGCCAUCCAUGGCGAUUACGACCCAACCGCCGACUACGCCCAACCCCGGCCCGAACCCGCCGACCCCAACUCCAACCACAUCCACACCGCUGACCUCGCACCCCCCGGCACAACCGCCCUUAACCCCUCAGACCCCUACGCUGCAACCGGCACCUUUAACCGUUUUACCGGGAAAUGGCAGUCCGCUACCCUUCAACCGGAAAACUUCAACGAUGACAACAAAUCCAAGAGGCAGAUGAACGCGUACUUUGAUGUCGAUGCCGCGGCGAACAGUCAUGACGGGAAGAGUCUGAAGGCAGAGCGGAGUGGUAAGAAGUUGACCAAGAAGGAGUUGAAGGCUUUCAAGGAUAAGAGAAGAGAGAAAAAGGAGGAGAGGAGGAGAGCUUGGUUGAGGGAUUAG